AUGCCUCCUCAAGACCCACUCCAUCAGCCUUCCCCCGCGCAUACCAACGAUGACAACAAGGCCGAGGACCAGCCGGCUCUCGGGAGCAUGACCCGCGACCAGAAGCUCGAUCGCCUCAACAGCCUUGUUACCUUCGACGAGUCCAUCGCCUUGAGCGACGAGCUCUUCCCAGAGGUCGUCCAGCACAACCAUGACGCCCAGAGCGAGGCUCAACUGGAGGUGCCCACACCCAAUGUUCACGUGCUCGAAACCAAGCUGGCCCAGCUCGAGGCCAAGCUCUUCACGAUUGCCGCCCAUCUGCAAGCCCUCGAGAUCCAGCAAGGCCCCACCGGUAAUACUGGACCGGCCGCCCAACCCCUCCCUCGUCCCGAUCUCGCGUCGCUUUGA